UAAAAAUUCUGAAAUUCUUUCUUUAUUUAUUUUAAUCUUAAGCACGCCAAGCUUAUUAAAGACAGAACAAAGCACCUAUCCACAUCUCUUUUGUCCCACUGAUAAUGAGGGAAGUUAUGGUGGCUUCUUCGAGGCAGGUUGGAGAGUGUGUGACACUGCUGGGGAGGCGAUAUCUUGUGACUGGCUGUGACUCUGCCACCAGAACAUACCUUUCCUCUUUGGGCCUAGCUCCUACCCCAGACCUUCUACCCUACUCGACUACCUUCAUUCUGCCCACCCAGGCUGGCACGGACACUAGGGCGGCUAAACUCCCCUUCUCGCUAGAGUGGCCCAAGAAACACCCGCUUGCGACUUUCGUUCAACACUCGACUCAAGUUCUGAGGUUCUUCGGGGAGUGGGCUGCUGAAGGGGAGGACGUGGGUGGAGUGACAACACCCGUGACUGAUAAGGUAGAACUACGGUACUACCUUGAGGACGACACAGCGGAAGUGAGGGUACACCACCUUACUCCCCACCAGCACGCCCUCACUCCCACCCCGCCGGCCGUGCCCACCAAGCUACUGAAACGUGCUCCCAUUCCCAAGAAUCUGUCGGAGGUUGCUGGUGCUGUGUCGCUUGGGGCAAUAGGACGACCCACCCUCAAUUUGCUGGGACUGAGAGGCGGGAGAGUACACCUGAAGGACCGACGACCACAGGCAGCCUCCAGUCCACAGUUUCUGGGGCCUGAGGACCUCAUUCUGGGACAGACAGUGAGGGUGUGUGGGCGACUCCUGCGGCUGUGCGAGUGUGACGCCUUCACCACCCGCUACUACAAACAGGCCCUUGGUGUUGAUCAAGUGCCGGCGGAGUACCAGUACCUCAGCAGGAAGAUAGGCACUGCUCCUGCCCCACGCAAGUCGCCCCUGGACCCCCGUCGCUUGGAGGAACACCCGAGAGACACUCUUCACCCGCUGCCCACCACCGUCACUACCCUCGUCGGUGGCUACCAUGCACGGGACAUCAGGGAUGGCUGCGAGGACAAGAUCCUGCGUUUCGGCGCCCAUCUGGUCAGUGACGACGAGAGGGACAGAAACAGGGACUUCGUCGUCAACUUCUAUAUAUACGACUCGACCAUAUCGGUAUUUGAGUUGCCGAAAUUAAAUUCAGGGAGGAGGGCGGGCAUGUUCCUGGGGCGAGGCCUGGUGGUAGCCCCUGAGGGUGGCCAUGUGGGCGUGGACCAUCUUUAUAUGGGCGCUACACUCAGUCUCAACUCCCAUGUGUUCCGCCUCACCCACGCUGACGAGUUCACGCUGCGUUACAUGGAGGAACACGCAGAUGAGUUCACGCAGGCAAGUUACAACGUGGCGCUGGACGAGGCUCGCCGCUGUCUCGGCCACCACGAUCUCACUGCCAUUCUCCACCGCCUAGCCGAGAGCGACCCUAGCAAGACGGGCUUCGUUUCCUCUUUCCUCGUCAUCUCAUCUCUCGCCAAGGCUCUCAGUGGGUCUAAGCUAAGCGAGCAGCAGGUGGUAUCACUAGUGCGUCGCCAUCGCCGCCUCAACGCCACUCCACUCACCGGCCAGGACCUCGCCCACCUCACCGCCCUGCACCUCAAGCGACACAACUACUACGGAGUGCCGGAGAUGGCUGUGGGGCUUCGCGGUCGAGACGUGGAUAGCAAGGGUCGCCUUCCUGCCGCCAGCGUGAGAGCAGCGUUACAGGCCGCUCGUCUGCCGGUCUCUAGCACUCUACUGGACGCCCUGGUCAACAGCGUCACUCAAAAAGACGGUCUGGUAGAUUAUGAACAGCUGUGUCGUGAACUUGAUUGGAGCCUCCGUCCUAACCUACAUGACAACCUUCCUUGCCAGCUCGACGAGUCAUCGUUGGAGACUGCACUGCGGCGGGCCAGAGACGAAACAGAUUACGUCACGCUCAUCGCAGACCUCGAGGGAAGCGCUGCCACUCAUCACUUCGCCGGGACUGGCCUCGUCUAGCCCUCCUCCGCCCCUGCCCCUGCCGCUGUCACUGCCUUUCAGCUCUACUCUGCUUCAUCACAUCACACUCCAUUAUCACCUCCUUGCUUCAUUCUAUCCCUUUCCUAUCUUGCUUUAUCUAGUCUCAGUUCAAGCUCAUGUUCCCUGCUCAUAUUAACUCCGAGCGCAACCAAACCUAGGGCACGUGUGUUGACGUUUGUGCUUCUUCCAUCAAGCAACAUUCUGGUUGUUGUUGACUCGUUUUCUUAUGAAUAUUCAUGCUCGCCUGACGUCACCGGACAUUUAUACUGACAAGUUAAUGUGUUGCAAUGCUUAUUUGCAUUACAUGAGUUUUGUGAGAUUGCGUUUCACCAAGUCCACGACCCAUGAACCCGUUUUCUCUCACACACAUUUUCGAUACCUACCCCUCCCAGCUUCCCUGCCACGCUAUUCAUCCUACCUCCCCCUCCUUGCUUGCCACACCCUCCUUUCUACCAAUCCUGGUAAAAGGCUACUCCUUAAUUAUUAAAUGUUUUGUUCUCUUAUGCGGAUUAUUUUUCAAAGGCCACAGAGAUGACUGGUGAAAAUUUCAUGGGUGUUUUUCCCACUGAUGGUUUGGAAUCGUUCUUAAAAUGUCACUAGAAUAAUAAGUAUAUAUUUGAAUACUCGAAUUACUACCAAUAAAUCUUGUUUAGAAUACCUUCA